UCUCGCGAGAUUUCGUCUUCCGGAAAUACUGGAGGACCUUCUCGGUUAACGUCGUCGAGAUGUGUGGGGACUGUGUGGAGAAGGAGUAUCCUAACAGGGGUAACACCUGCCUAGAGAAUGGAUCUUUCUUGCUGAACUUUACAGGCUGUGCCGUGUGCAGUAAGAGGGAUUUUAUGCUGAUCACAAACAAAUCCUCAAAAGAAGAAGAUGGAGAAGAAAUAGUGACCUAUGAUCCAGAUCUGUGUAAGAACUGUCAUCACGUAAUAGCCAAGCAUGAGUAUACAUUCAGUAUCAUGGAUGAAUUUCAGGAGUAUACCAUGCUGUGUCUGUUAUGUGCAAAGCCGAAGAUUCCAUCAGUAUUCUCCCUGAUGACCCCCGACAAAUGACUCUGUUAUUCUAAGGACCAUUCUGCAGUUCUUUUGUAACUGUGGUGGGUUGGUUUACAAUAUAGCAAGCCCGAUGGUUUGUCUCACUUAGUUUAUAAUGAAAA